AAUCUUUUUAAAUAGUGCACAAAACUUCGCGACUGAAAAAGUUCACUAAUUUGCGUUAUUAAUACAAUGUAGAAUACAACUUUAGACAAUUUUUUUAAGUGGAUAAAUUUCAUUACGUCGCAUACUUGUGUAUUGGUCAUAUAACCAGAACAGAAGAUUGACCACAAUGGACGAACGAAAUUUUCGCUCAAGUUACUAUGAAAAAGUAGGAUGCUAUUCUGUAGAAGAAAAGAAAUCUUUGAAUAAACUACUCCAAGACAAUAUACGGAAUCACUCUAAAUUAAAACAGUUUUGUUUAAGUUACACUGUACCCACUGCACAGCGCAGCCUAUUGUGGAGUAUAAUACUCGGCGUGUUGCCUCUACAUAAAAACUCCAUGGAUUAUAUCUUAGAACAACGUACUGCCGUCUACGAGGACUUGCUCCGCGCAGUAACUAUGAUGCAAUAUAUCGAGAAGACUACGCCUAAAAGUAAAGUACUACAAACAAUGUGGCUUUUGGAAAAUGGUCGAUUGCUACAUCCGUUGAUUGGUCCACCUGAAGAUGACAACAAUUUUAUGGAAAUUGUGAACGUGCUACUGCAGAUAUUUGACAAUGAUGUGGAAACAUAUUGGAUAGCUAAAGAGUUCUUUGCAUGUACAAAGGGCAUAGAACAGGAGUGCCCUAAGCUGAAAGAGUUGACACAGACGUUGUUGAAGCGUGAAGACAUCGAACUGAACAACCAUUUAGAUAAACUAGGCGUUUUUAACUCCAGUGAAAUUUUAGAAAAAUGGUAUGUGACGUGUUUUGCAGGAGUCAUCACGGAUACAGCGUUAGUGAAAGUAUGGGACAAAAUUUGUGGAGGAUCUAGGAAGAUAGUCGUUUUCAUAUUCUUGGAGCUAGUCAAAGCAUUGAGAAAGCGUGUACUGAAUUGCAACUCAGUGACGAACUUAAAAACACUAAUUGAACAGGUUAAAGAUCAAGAUGCUACCAUUGUUAACAAAGCCAUUAAGACUUGGCAGAGUAAUAAGAAUCACAACGAGAUUACUGUGCACUGAUAAAGGGAUUUUGGUAGGGCUGCGCUUUAUUUGGUUACUUCGUCUGCUUAUUUCUCCAUCUAUACGGUAACUAAGAUAAAGAACUUAAAUGUACUUGAAUAUAACAUCUGUUUUAUCCGCGACUGUUUGCAACUCUAAUGUGACCGGACAUUGCAGCCAAUAGGAUAAGAGUUCUUCGGUGUAACCAAUAAGAAAGUACAUCUUGCGAGGGCUUAUUGCUUGGCGGACAAUGGCUGCUAUUCUUAUCAUGUUGUGCUGUCUUUUGAUAAUCACUUCGGAAACAAUAAGGGCAUGCCAAGUACCGGUCAUGAAUUUUCGUACAAACAAAUCCUCAAUGGCUGUCUGCGAGGAGCGUAGUCCAUCCAACAUCGUUGCUGUGGAGAGCAAGUUAUAUUGUUUAAAUUAGCAUAUUGCAAUUUUAAUAAAUAUUUUUUAUACGUACACGUAUUCCAUGAA